AUGCAUGGCAGAGGCGUCGCUCGACACGCGACUCGUCCCUCAUCAAUCGCUGCGUCUGCUUGCAGGAGCGUUGUUCCUGCCCGCAAGAAGAUUAGCUGGGCAGCUGGGCCACGUGGAUCGAGGUGAGCGCGCAGGCCAUGCAGCAGCCAUGCAGUCGCGAGCGAGUCUUGACUCGUAUAUCUGUCACGCUAUAAUAGUAUGCCUGUACACAUCUACUAUAUAGCGCGGUAA